AUGAAAACGUUGGCGGCCAUCUGCAUCGACUAUUCCGAUGACUUGAUCUCUCGGGCAGCCGACGUUACUCUGAAAGAGAGCAGGAAGCUUCUUCUCGCCAUCCGCGAGACGCCCUUGAGCGACAUCUAUCUCGAUAACAUGCUGUUUCUCCGGAGGGCGGGCGCUGUCCAGUUCCCGCUUUCUAUACGCGACCAAAGAACUUGGAAGGCAUGA